GUCCACUGCCACCCAGCUUUGCAGUUCAAUGAUGGCCUUAUACCAACCACACUUAUCCCAUUCGGAUCUUAUGUAGUUGACCGCGCAAAGUCCCAAGUUUCAGGCUUGCAGUUUCUAUUAAUGAACAGUUUUCUCACUCGUGUGGGUGUUCUCGUCUUUUGUGCCCCUUCAUGUCUUACAGACCGUGUGUUGUUCAUUGAUUACGAGUUCUGCGGGUUCAAUCACGCCGCUUUUGAUAUUGCAAACCACUUUUGUGAAUAUGGUGAUGGCGUUCGUCUAGAUCGUAUAUUGCAUUGUUAUGACAUAGAUCUGACUCGCCUACAUGGAUAA